AUGCUGGCACAAAGCCUUCUCGUGCCCGCACUGCUGUCCUCGGUAGUGGGAGCUGUCCAAGAGACUGUGGAUGUUGGAUACUCUGUCUACAAGGGACAGGCACUUCCCAACGGCGUGAGCCAAUGGCUGGGCAUUCGUUACGCUGCGCCGCCGCUGGGUCAGUUGCGGUUUGCGCCUCCUCAAGAUCCUCUGCGUACGCAGGGAGUGCAAGACGCGACCAGGCAUGGGAAAUACUGUCUCGGAACAGGUCGCUCGCCUACAGACAACUCGACGUCUGAAGACUGCCUGUUCUUGGACGUGCAAGCUCCGACCAAGGCCACGGUACUUUCCAAGCUCCCUGUUUUUCUCUACAUCCAGGGCGGUGGUUUCAACCUCAACUCGAACCCCAAUACCAAUGCCUCCGGCCUGAUCAUCAACAGCGGCCACGACAUUGUGGUUGUGAGCCUCAACUACCGCGUCGGUCCAUACGGCUUCAUGACAGACAGUAACCAGAUCGUGCCCAACAACGGCCUUCGUGACCAGCGCAAGGUGCUGGAAUGGGUGCAGACGCACAUCGCCAAGUUUGGAGGCGAUCCCCAUCACGUCGUCCUCGGAGGAAGCAGUGCUGGUGCAGCCAGCGUGACAUACCAUCUGACUGCCAACAACGGAACCAACCGGGGGCUUUUCCACGCUGCGAUUGCCGAGUCUCCCUCGUUUGCAACGACGCUGUCGGUAGCUCAGUCGCAGUACAUGUACACCCAGUUUGCGACCCGUGUGGGUUGUGUUGGGAGAGACAGCCUCGCGUGUAUGCGCAGAAAGACGGCCGUCGAGCUGCAGACGAGCAACUUCAACAUCCCUCUUCCAGGCGCAGCCAAGCCGCCAAACUACAUGUGGUUGCCUACCCUCGACAACGAGUUCGUGCAGGACUACACGUACAGAGUCUUUCAGCAGGGCAAGUUCAUCCGGAUGCCUACUAUCUACGGGGACGACAGCAACGGAGGGACCAAGUUUGCUCCCAAGGAUACCGCCACGCUUCAGGAGAGCAACGGUUAUGUGCUGGACCAGUAUCCAGUCCUGACGCUGGAGAUGCUUGGCGAGAUCAACCAACUAUAUCCCAACCCCAACACGAGCUGCCCUGCUGUUGGCUGCUACUGGCGACAUGCCAGCAAUGUGUACCAGGAAGCCCGUUACAUGUGUCCCGGCAUGUACAUCAGCUCUGUCGUGGCCACGCACGGCAGGGACGCUUGGGUGUAUCGAUGGAACGUCGAGGAUCCCGAGCAGAUGGCCUCCGGGCUGGGCGUUCCUCACACGGUCGAGCUCAACGCCCUCUGGGGCGCGGACUACGUCGACGGUGCGCCGGCGAGCUACCAGGAGGGGGGAACUAACGCUGCGGCCUCGCCCACGAUGCAGCAUUAUUGGCUCAACUUUAUCAAGUACUACAACCCUAACGGGAGGAGCGUGUUUGACGCCGGCAAGUAUCCCCUGUGGACGAAAUGGGGUUUCGGGGCGCAGAGCCGGCUCACCUUCCAGACGGGAGGCAAGGCGGAGAUGAUUCCGGUGGACGCGGGCCUGAAGCGGCGGUGCGACUUCUGGACGAGGAACGGGGUUGCCUUGACGAUGUGA